AUGAAGCCCACCGGAGAACUCAUGGAGCCUACUAUGGAUCCCCAUGACAGCCCUCUCAGCAACCUCGAUUUAUGGUGCGACUGGACUGGCGAUCCAGAAGAACCAGUUUCUAUUACAAUAGCCAUGGAGCUACAAACCUACGGUCAUUCCAACCGCAACUUACCAAUCCUCAAUGUUCAGUCGCCAAACAUCGUGAAAAGCCCGUCUUGGGUCAUCCGGUUGAAACCUGACUCUGUUCACUAUGAUGCCGACAUUCCGCCGGGGAAAGAGGCUCGGCAUCCUGGCCACGAAUGUAGCGAAGAGACCGAAAAAUACCCUGCCAACAAUGGCUCUGUGCCUGACUCUGGGAGUGUUGUUGUUCAUGAUGGGUUGCACGAUGAUGACCCUCAAGAUGUCUCUCGUCCUACGGUGAACAUCUCGGGGAUGUACACUCAGGUUGAUAGCUCAGAUAGCUCAACCUCUUCUGACCCUCGCAAGAACCAGGUCAACAGCUUGGGUGGCCCGAACUCUUUCAAAUCUCGUAAGAGAUCCGCCAAGGCUGCUUCUCUACCUGACUCAAUCCCCCCUGACGAUGAUUACCAAGGCACCCGACACAAACUUAUGAUGACCAAGAUCGACCCGCCGGCGCAACUGGAGCCAGCGUCCGAGAACACUCACACUAUCGAGACCAUCGGCAGUUCCAUUCCCAUUGACAGUCGUUCUGGCAGUUUAAUCGAAAUCAGUGUGACGCCUGAGAAAAUCCCGUUGCCUCAAGACUCGGUUCCGGGUCUCGUACCAGUUUCCCCGAGCGUUACAUCUGAAGAUCUUUCGCUAAACUGCAAAAGAGUGACAGUUGAUAGUGAGACUGAACUCAAUGAGACCCCUCUCAGCAAGAUUGAUUUGAGCGGCACCGAACCGCUCACCGAAGCGAACUUGCUCCAUCGGAAUUAUGAUGCACUUUCUACUCGUGGUUGCAAUGGAAGCCUUUCUGACACCGAAGACAGCGACAAGGAAAAGGAGGACCCGAUUUUUUCUCUUGAAUCCAUCGGAUCGCAAUCGUUUUUCUCCUGCAUUGGGUUUCAUGCACCCCCUCUGCCCCGGGCGUCCGCAGAUAUGGUCGAAAAUCACAACAAGCCCAAGCUCAUCUUGGACAAUGACAUUCUUUACGUACAAAUCCCUCACAACGUCUACUCCGCUACCUACCAAAUUGCGAUUGCGCUCAAGGUUAGGCCGCAGAAAGGAAAAUCGAGGGAUUGGUGGGAGUUAUUUGUGAAUGGACUGCCUCGACUUGCCCAAUUCGAGUCUGGUUAUCUCUAUUUUCGAACACCCCCGGGGCAGGGAAUGGAAUUCAUGACUUCGUCCUUUAAACGACAUACCCUCGUGGAAAGCUGCUUGAUGGCGCAGUUCCAUGGUGGAAAAAGCCUCGUGGUCCCGUUCCGUAAGUGCAACGCAGAAUACUACGGACAACUCAAAGACUACAAAGUCAACACAGUCAUGCGGGCAGAGAUUACAGAGCCGCUAGGCGAUCCAUCGUCCUAUGUGAUCAAAUACAAAGCGGUUUGCUCCAUUGAUCUCAUCAAUCACAGCUUUUGGGCCGAGAGAUGCAAAUUCGACCUCAGUGUGUAUGGUGGCCCAGAGGGCGAGUUCAACGCCAUUUUCGCAGCUAAAAAACCGGUUAUAAACUCGAUUCGGUUGCAACCGGGGCAAGAUGGCAUUGGAAUGUCGCGCAUACAUAUCAUCAGCAUCCCUCAAGCUCUGGAGAUGUUCACGGUGUCGUGGGAAGUUAAGCAGCCGCGAGGCAUGGCUGUCACCUGGCUGCCCCGGGUUAAAACCACGGUCAGCCACAAUAAUGCCGAAGCUCUUCUUCAAGAAGACUACGCCAUCUUUGGCCUCAAGCACGAAGUAGUCCCUUCGAGGCACCGGAAUGAGGUUAAUCCUAAGAUCCCGUUUUCACGUCUUGCCCAUUUGAAGCCGCCAGUCAUGGAAACUCCAGCUCCAUCUCUCCAACGUGAAGUUCUUCUGGGUCACAAGCCUAAAGCGGAUCUCGCUUCCAACUCUACAAGUACACAGACUGUUGCGGUAACUCCAGUCGCUGAAUGGAAGAACCUCCGCCAUGCCCUCGGAUUAUGGACCCUCAUCAAGAUUUUCGUUCAACUGCUUGGUUUCUUGGGGUCUAUAUAUAACAUUUUCUGCUCAUACUUGCUGCUACGUGACUGUGGGUUCCGCGAAGUGUAUGUCUAUGACCUAGUGGACUGCGUGGGGAAUUUGACGAGCAUCAACGUGGAGAAAGGAACGAGUACUGUCCUGGCGGAGUAUGAUCUUCAGUCUGAGCUGAUACAAUCCGAAAUUCAGCAGUUUGUCAAAAUUACACCUGCCGAUAUCACUCCAAUGCCCCUGAGGGACCGUAUCGACUACCUUCUCGGAUGGCGAGGACCAAUUGCGCGGGAGUAA